UCGUGCUAUGCUGACAUUUGCAAUGUUAACGCCGAGGCGCAGUUUUGUGACGUUGUCGCCAGGAAAUGUCGUCAGUGUAGCAAUGUCAGAGACGACUGUUUUACUCGACUUCAGACAUUAAACUGCAAACAGUUCUGUUAUGAUGUUAGAUUUAACUCUGACAGAGAGAAGAUUCGUGUUGCGGGAUGUGAUGUUCCAACGACGCCAAGAAACGGUCACUAUAAAGUUUACACAACACGGGUAGCAUACAAUACCACGUUAGAUGUCACCUGCGACAUUGGCUAUGCCCUUGUUCAAACUGAGGCUUUGAAAUGCAGAAAUUAUUCAAUGUGGAGUGGAUCAAAACCUAAAUGCGAAGUUGCAGGAUGCCCUAUUCCGAAUCCACCAGAACACGGAAGACAUACGGUCAACCAUAGUCAUAUACCUAUAAAUGACACGCUAGAGUUCAUCUGUGAUUUGGAAUAUACACCUGGUGACAGCAUGCCAUUAAAAUGUGGCAAUAAUUUGCAAUGGAGUGCACCACAACCUGUGUGCAUUAGUAAAGGUUCAUUGAACGCCUUUUUAACACUGACCUACGUGAUUGGUGUAUUUUUAAUAGUGUCUGUGGCUGUGAACAUAUUGUUGUUUAUAAAGAUCAAACGAUCUAAAGGAAUACCUGAAAACAAUCACGGUGUAAACAAAAAUGUUGAAGGAGACCUGUCCAUAGAAAAAAACACGAUAACAAUAUUAAUCAUACCAAGUGAUCAACUGUCAAAGUCACACUGAUCAAUAGGAUCAAUGUGUAUAACGGUGAUAGGUAGAUUACUUUAGACAGUAUCCUUUGUUAAUCGGUCGGAAACGAUUCGAUUAUACGAUUCAAUUCGAUUAUGUGAUACGUAUGUAUAUUUUCGUUGCGCAGGUUCGACUCUUCAUUUUGCGUUGUUACAUGGAAUGAUUAACGGUCAAUGAUCAUUUUGCUCUGUGCCUACAGAAAGUUUCUUACUUCAUUCUGUUCCAACCGCUAAUGAAAUGUAAAAUCCUUCGACAGAAGUACUCAGUCCACUAGAGAACGAUAACACAGAACGUUAAAUACCAGACCAGUCAAAUGAACACAUCGAUAGCAUCAACGACGUCUGAGAGUCCCUGAUACCAGUCCAUGCCUCGAGAUCGCGAUUAGAAUCGGACUAUCCUUACCAAUCUCAAGAGAACACACAAGCUCGACCGGACAGUCCGAUUGUGACUCAACCUGAGCUAGGAGACACUGGGGAAGAUGUUAAGAUUGCUUACAAUCAUGGGGCAUUUCACCCUUUGGACAUUGAGUUGAAUAGGCGGUUGUUAUGCGUUUGCUUACAUUGACACAAAACGUGUAAUUAUCUAAAACAGCUGAAGAGGAUCGUGAUGUACCUUUAAAGUUUGAAACUGUGUUUAACAUAUGCAUAUACAUCACGUUGAUGCAGUUUAACGUAUUUUCUCACAAUGAACUACUAAACAAUACAGAUAUAAACUGUUGACAAAUGUUGCUUUCACGAGUUAUUACUGUAAUUGAGUUCCAAAAGAAAUAGCAGCUUUUGUUUAUUUAGGACAUACUGACUGUGUGUUCACAAUGUGAUUUCUAAAUAAAAUAACAAGUGACUAAUAAACUUGGAAAUAUAA